AUGAACGGAGCAAAGCUACCGGUUACGGAAACGAUGACGUUUCUGAUGCUUCCUAAUGACUUGCUUUUCAACUGCUUAGCCCGCAUCUCGAGAUUGUACUACCCGAUCCUCUCCUUAGUCUCCAAGAGAUUCCGAUAUCUCCUUGCUUCGCUUGAGCUUUACGAAACCCGGACCCUCUUAGGAUGCACCGAGAGCUGUCUCUAUGUGUGCUUAUUUAUGCCUGAUGACCACCAUAACCCAUCACGUUGGUUUACUCUCUGCAGGAGACCGACCAAAAUCACUAACCCUAACCCUAACCCUAACCCUAGAUGGUUCAGUGCAUGCUUUAGACCAUAUGGAUUACUAAUGAACUGCAUUAGGAAGAAAGACAAGUCAAGUGACAAUGCUUUGGUCUCAAUCACAACUCGUCAUUCUCCUUUUAAUGAUUCGUGUGGUUUAACCGCAGUUGGUUGCAAUAUCUACAGAGUUGGCAAUUUCGACGAUGGUAAGCCUUCGCGUAGAGUCUUGCUCAUGGACUGUCGGUCUCACACAUGGAAAAGAGCUCCAAGCAUGCGGGUGGCACGCAAGGACGCGUGUGUGAGCGUUCUUGAUGGGAAAAUAUAUGUCGUAGGAGGCAACAGAAAAUGUGAUUCCUCGAACUGGAUGGAGUGUUUCGAUCCCCAAACCCAAAAGUGGGAGAAUUUGACAGGCCCUGACGCGGAAAUGCGCGAGAGUUGGUUACACCAAGACUUAGCCAUUGAAGGAAAGCUUUACCUGAGUGGGUAUACGAGUCGUCAACGUUGCGUGGUUUACAAGACGAAGGAAAAGAGAUGGGAUGAGGUAGAAGUAAUGAAGGUUCCUUCGGGUUGGUUGUUUGAUUCUUCUUGCGUGAUAGAUAACGUCUUGUACAGUUUUCGAUGGCCUGGAGUGUUCAAAUGGUACCACUUUGAGGGAAGAUCUUGGAGAGUUUUGGUUCUGAAAGGUUUGAAAAAGCUGUCUAGAUUACUACACGGUUCUCUUUUUGUUUAUUUGGUAGAUUCUGGUGGGAAAAUUGCGGUUUUGGGGGAGAAAGAAGUGGGUGAAGAGAAGAAGAUUUGGUGUGCUGAGAUUGCGCUUGAAAAGCGCAACGGACAAGAGGUACGUGGGAAGGUUGAGUGGUGUCAUGUUGUGCUUACGGUCCCUAAAUCUUGUUAUAUCAUGCAGUUUCUUGCUGUUACGGUUUGA